UCUAACAACUGUCUCUUCUUGGAGAACAUAUAAACCCAGAGAGUCUGAGACUGCAGCAGAGGCAUUGGAGACUCCUCUGCCACUUCGGGGCUGCGAGCAGAAUCCUGUGCCACUCCUUCUCAAGGGGAGCAAGAGCCCUUCACUGAAAUCCUCCCACCAUGCUGGGGCUGCUGCUGCUGCAGGUGUUGGCCAGCUGCCUCUGGCUGGGACACAGCGAGGUGGUGAAGUCCUUUGCAGAAUGUCCUCAGUUCUUCUAUGCGGAGACCACCCCAAGUGAUGACCUGACUCCAAAGAACCCAGCCUGGAUCUGCCAGCGGUACAACAACUCAUAUCACUAUGCCACCCUGUAUGACAGAGACAAGAGAAUUCCAGUGUACUCUGCUUAUAAAUACCAGCCUGAAGAAGUAAAGAGACCUCAUAAGUGGUGGUUUGUUGAGCCCCAGCUAAUUGGUAAAAAUAAUCUUAAAGAGAUGGAAAGAGAGGUGGUCCUCAUACAACACAAUUUCACUUUAGACGAAAUCCAAAAGAGCCAGGCUGUGAAUGCUGACUACAAUGUGACUGGUUUCGACCGUGGCCAUUUGUGCCCCACAGGCCAUAUGGAUACUAAAGAGGGCAAGACAGCUACCUUCACCCUGACCAAUGCAGUGCCCCAGGGCAGCAUUCUUAACAACGGCCGCUGGAACAACUAUGAGCAUCAAACAAUGAUUGAAGAGACCAAGGGCUGUACAAGCACCUAUGUCAUCACGGGUGCUGUGCCUGGGAACACCUACAUCUCCAAUAAGAGGGUUAAUGUACCAAGCCACAUCUGGUCAGCUGCCUGCUGCCUGGUGGACGAAGAGCCCGCAGAUGCUUGGGGGGCAAUUGCUGAGAAUGACAAGAACGAGGUAGUGGUCCUGAGACUGGGAGACCUGGAGAAGAGGUUGACUGAGCUCUACAAGGUGAAAACAAUAACUCUGUUCAACAAUACCUGUCCCCGGAAAUAAGCCUUACAUCCUCAAUGGAAAAGGCUCGG